GAAGGUGUAAUCUUACCACACAGUUCACAUGACAGUUUACGUAGUUUGUUUAUCGAAGUUUUAACCUUCAAAUCACCUUGAGUUGUAUCUUAGUUUGAAAGUGGUAGGUUUAGUGCUACUUGUUUAGGACUGCGGACCGUGGUAAGAUGGGCUUGAUAUGUUCAGCUAUUUAAUUGAGAUCACAGUACAAGUAAAAUUCUUUCAGUAAAAUGGCAACCUUUUCACAAUCAACCAUUAACAAGGGAUCUGACAUAGUCCAAGACUUCUUGUGCUCGACCUGUGAAGACAAGAAAUUGGAUAAUACAGCUGAUUUCUACUGUGAAUCUUGUGUUAAGUUUUUCUGUGGGAAUUGUAUUAACCUGCACAGCCAGUUGUUUACUAAGCAUGACACUUUUGGAAGGGAACACAUGAAGAAAUGGCCAGUGACAAAGAAAGUGGAAGAUUUACUUCUGAAAUGCGAUGUCCAUAAAGAUGAAAACCUGAAAAUGUUUUGCGAUGAACACAGUGAGCUGUGCUGCACAAAUUGUGCAUUCCUUAAUCACAGACACUGUCCAAAGGUAACUCUUAUAUCGGACAUAGUAAAAAUCCAGUCCACAGACCUUAAAAAACUGUCAGUUUCUAUCCAAACAAUUCUGGAAGAAAUGAGGAAACUUCAAGGCAACCAAGAGGCUAGCCUUCAGUAUAUGCAAAAUUUCUUCGAUGAGCAGUUACAAAAGAUACAUGAAACUCGGCGAAAAAUAAAUGCAGCAUUAGACACGAUUGAACAGAAGACACUGAAUGAAAUGAAAGAUACACUGACAAAACUGCAAGCCUCUUGCAAAGAUGAUGUUGACAAAUGUAUCAGUCUUCAGGAUGAAUUGAAACAACUUCGAGAUGCCAUUCAGGACAUAAGUGCUAAAAGCAAGCUGGAACUAUCCUUUAUAGCCACCUGGAAAUGCAAGGACAAAAUACAGCAUUGUGAAACCUUUCUAAAGAAGAACUAUCUUCAGGUUAGAGUUUCAAUAACAUUUCAGCCUAACAGUGAAAUUGUACAGUACUUGUCUAAACUGUCAGGUCUUGGAAAGAUUGACCACAGUACACAGACAUUGAGGGUACAAGAGAAUCCAAACAAGGUAUUCACUGUGCAGGGAAAGUCUGCACAUAAUGUAAAAAAAUAUGAUUCAAUUGAAUGCUAUAUCCGUGCCAUCUGUGUCCUCCCAAAAGGACAGGUCCUUGUAGCAGACUAUCGUAAUAACACAAUCAAGCUGCUUGACCAGCAGCACAAGGUGGUGAGUGACUGUAGAGUGACAAGCUCGCCAUCUGAUAUGUGUCAGAUCACACCCACUGAAGUGGCUGUGACUUUGAAAAGUGAGGUCCAGUUCAUCACAGUCAACAACAGGAAACUGGUGGAAGGAAGGAAGCUUUAGUUACAGCAUGAAUGUAGAGGUAUUGCCUGCCACCAGGAUGACCUGUAUAUAACUGAUCUGACAGCACUCUACAAGUACACACUGAGUGGGAAACAAGUCAGCAAAAUAUAUGAGGAUAAAUCAGGUCCUUUGACAGUAAUGAGGUGUGCUGUGUGUCCCACAGGGGACAAGUUGUACAUCACAAACGACGACCAUGACAAGGUCCUCACCCUGGCCAGGAAUGGUUCAGUCCUGGCCACCUUCACUGACCCUGCACUAAAAGGACCAGAAGGUGUACACGUGACACCUGCAGGCCAGGUGCUGGUAUGUGGAUCCCUGUCACACACUAUCAUACAGGUGGACGAUGAGGGCAGAAAGAAGCUGGCUAUUCUUACUACAAAGAAGGAUGGAGUGGUGUCCCCACAUUCAGUCUGCUACAACAGACACACUGCGUCCAUCCUUGUGGGAAUGCUUGCCAGCAACAGUAUCCUGGUGUUCAAAGUACAAUAGCAUAACGCUGCAUGUAUCAUGAUUGAUGAUUCAGAUUAUUUAAUGCCAUGGAAUUAUGUUGUGCAUUAAAAUAUGUUUGUGUUAUAAUACUACAUCAAUGUAAGUAUUAUUACAGAUGCAUUUAUUUUGUAAACAAAUAAUGUCAUCAGUUGACAGAAUAUAAAGACUUUCUGGGAUCAUAAGAACUAUUAUAGAAUAUAUUAUAUUGUUGCAUCUAUUACAAUUGUUUUAUAUUUCUCUUUUACUUAACAAGGUGUCUAGAACUGCUAGACAAGUUUUAGUUCAGAAUAUAAUGUCUGUAAUUUACAAAGCAUAAAUAAUAUUUUGAAUCUAUAUUUAGGCUGCCAUUUCUUUUUACAUAAAUUAAAAAAUUAUUUAAGAUUACUAAAAAAAAAAUAAUCAUUGAAUUUGAAGCAUCAUGGAUGGUUUUGUUUCCUGCGCUGAAAAAAAACAUUUCUUUUGUUAUAUUUAAUUACAUUUCAGCAUUGCUGUCUAACAAAGGUUUCUAUCUGAAUUAAUAUCCAAUGAAAUUAUGAUAUUUUAUGUAAGUAGACCUAAUUGAAUAAAUCUUCAAUCAGCAUGACCAAUAUGAAAAAUGCAUCAAUACAGGAUUUUGCUAUAAAGAACCCGAUUUUACAGUGUGAAACUAUUUGAUAAAGUUCAGAUAUGUUAAGCAGCUACAGCAGUUUGACACUGUCAACAUAAAUUCUUUUUGUGUGUACCCCUUUAUAUUGAGUUUAGUUUGAGCCUUUUUAUUUUAGUUCGAUCGCAUAGAAAGCCUAAAGCUUAUUUUAAACGCUCGAGUCCGUUUCAUGGCCCUAGAAGCAGUAUUUGGUAUGUAUUGAAAAGAUCUUAAGAACGCUCCUACAAUGGGGAUCGAACCCGUGAACUCCCGGUCGCUAGGCAGACACCAUAUCCACUACGCCAAGGCGACCCUUUAUAUUUGUCAGAGCGUUUAUAUGUGCAGGCUGUGUUAUCAUAUAUUAAAAUUAGUAUUAUAUUGCAUUCUGUGCUCUGGCAUAUAUUAUAGCAGGUUGUUGUUCCUUAUUGUUCCUCAUUGUUCCUAAUUUACAUUCCAACAUAUUGAAGUACCUAUUUGACAAACGCCAGCAUUCCGGCUGCAAUUGUGGCAUCUCUGUAAAUGCAAUAAAUUACAUCUUGCAGGUUAUCAAGGUCAGUGCGCAGUCAGCAGGUUUAAAUGUUAUGUUGACAUUAUCCCAUGUGCUUGACAAGAAUCUUCUUUAAAAAAGAUUUAUGACUAAACAAUGAUUAUCUUGCGCUGAACGCAGGAAAUUUAGGUUAGACAUUCAAUUAAUCAAAAAUUGUGUUACCAGUGCUAGUUUUCCCAGACAAAUACCAUUCCAUUUAGAUAAAUUGUGGGUGCCUGGAAUUCAUCUAUAUUUGUUGUUUGUUUUCAUCUCAUUUGUUUAAGUACAUUCACUUUAAUUUAUUCUGAAAAUAGUUAAAUUUCUGAGGGAUUUUCUUCUACAAAAUUGAUUGCUAAAAUGAGUCAACUAACAACAACAAUAAUACCUAGAACGAAGAUUGUAUUUUAUACCUAUUUCUUACUCAGUUAAAGCAAUUAGUAAUGACACUAUUAUCGUUUGUGCAUAUUCUUGUACACUAAUGCUUUAUGCAGACAUCAUUGAGUAAACUAAUACUAAAUGUCUUGAAUAAUUGUGUAUAUAAAUUAUGAUAAUGUCAACUUUUUCUAUACGUGCUUAUAUAAAAACACCAUAUUUUGCCAACCAGUGGGCAGAGUCUAAACUUCUCUGUCAACAAUGAAGAAUACUUCUUAGAUACAAACAAUAUUUAUAAUAAAUUUAAACAGUGAAUGAACGUCUGAUAAAGUUAGUGUUAAUUAAUUGGAGUUCAGCCUUCUCUCAAAGAAAAAACAUUUUACAUGAUUAGUGCUGCAACCAUACACCCAAAACCGUAUUGCAAUAUAUUGUCAGUUCAAAAACCCGUAUUGCAAUAUAUUGCAAUAUAUUGCUUACUUGUACCAAAAUUAUAACUCACCAGAUUAUCACCAAAAACAACUUAAUAACAUGAACUUAACCUUUGUAUUGUAUGUUUAUUGUGUUGUUAAACAACACUUUUUCCCUUGAAAUUGUCUAUAAAGUCAAACUCGGUGUUAGUUUCGUCUGCCAUUUUGUGAACUAUUAUAAAAGCCGAAAAGAAGAAUAAUAACCCAAAAGAGAUUUGUGGAUGUUUAAAAGCCAGUUGUGUAACUUAUCAGAAUGCUGUUACAUUAUUCCUUUUGUUUACAUAACAUCAGUUUACAUUUUUUUAUUACGUAAUUAAUUGUGUUUUAUUUUCCAAUUUCCAUAAGCUUCAUCUUAAAUUUUACAGUAUGACAUGUAUAAGCAGAUCGUAUCGCAAUACAAUAUGCGGAUUGCGUAUUGCGAUAUAUACUGAAAUACUGAUAUAUUGUAGAAGCUCUAAAAAUGAUUAUCACUGUAAAUGGGUAAAGACAAAGAUGGUUUCAUUUAUUUGUAAGUUUAUCUGAUUUUAACCAGAUUCAUAUUCAUAUUCUGCUGUAUAAUGUGUGUCACUCUGUACAUUUUACUGUAGUAUCAUGUAAGUGAAAUUGAUGAUUUUAAAAUGUAUAAAUAUUAAAAUAAAAUUAGUACAUUGAACAAUAAAACUUGAAGUGUGAA